AUUCAUUCAACUUUGUGCCGCGCAAGCGUGCGUAGUUCCUCAGUUCCUUCGCGAGUACCUUUUUCAAGCAAAAAAAAAAAAAGAAAGAAUUAUCUAUAUACAUAAAUAAUAAUAAGUGAUCAACACAUACAAAUUACUAAACACACACACACACACACCUACUUACAAGCCAGGCAAUUACUCUACGUGACUUUAAUGCAAUCGUUGCCCAGUUGUCGUCGCGUUAAUUCCAGUGAUUAGCCGCAGUAGCAGCAACAGCAGCCAAAGCAGAAGCAGCAGCAGCAGCAGCCUCAGCACUUUACACGUAUUUCCCAUUGGGUGUUUGCCUUAAAGUGCGCCAUAAACUAAAAGGCAACGGCAACAACAGCAGCAGCAGCACCAGCAGCUGGAGAGACGGCCCACCCAAAACGCCUACAACAACACGGUGAAAUCACAACAACAGCCAACAGCCAACGACCAACGACCAACAGCCAACGAGCGUGUGACAAGAAGAAAAAGCAGCAAUAGCAGCAACAGCAGCAGCAGCAGCAGCGUUGCCACAUUUUAACAGCAACAGUUAAAGAAAAAAAAUAGCUUGUGUGUUUGUAGUUGUUAUCUGUAAUAGCAAUAGAGAUAGCGAUUACGCUUCGAGUACCGUUAACAGCGUCCAAGCAUUUGCGCUCAUUGCACAGAGCAAAGCUCAAAGCUCCAGCACCACCACCAACAACAACAACAACAGUCAACUGAGUGCAAGAGAUCGAGUAAACAGAGCGGCAAACUGAGAGUGUGUGUUAAGGAGAGUACACAGAGCAGAGAAGAGAGAGAGAGAGAGAACGAGAGAGAGUGAGUGUUCUGUGUAUGUGUGACGGAGCAACAACAACAACAACAGCAACUUCACCCACUGAUUGUGUGAGCAUUGAGCGCACGUAGGCAAACGACACAGAAAAAAAGAAGAAAAAAAAAAAACGAAAAAAGAGGGAAAAUAUAUCGUCUGUCAAAAUGUUUGCUGUAAUGCGAAUCGACAACGAUGACUGCCGGUCGGAUUUCCGUCGCAAGAUGCGUCCAAAGUGUGAGUUCAUUUGCAAGUAUUGCCAGCGGCGUUUCACCAAGCCAUACAAUCUGAUGAUACACGAGCGCACGCACAAAUCCCCAGAGAUAACAUACUCCUGUGAGGUCUGCGGCAAAUACUUCAAGCAACGUGAUAAUCUGCGUCAGCACAGAUGUAGUCAGUGUGUUUGGCGAUAAGCUAAAAUAUCAUAAAUACAAUAUAUACAAAAAAAAAAAAUAUUUACAAAACCAACACACAGCAAUAUAAAAUAUAUAUAAAAAGACACCAUCAGAUAUCUAAAGCACCGCAGCACCAACAGCAAAAGCAACAACCGCACGCAAUAUCACAAAUAUUUUAUAGAAAAGAAAAAGAAAAGAAAAAACAGAAGCAAGGGGCAACUGUCUUAUAAAUAUAGCGCUAUCGAUAUAUAUGUUGGUAAUCGGUAAUCGGUAAUCGGCCGCUGCAGCAAAGAACAGCAAACAGCAAGCACAGCAUUUUACCAACUCAAACACGCCUACCGCCUACCGCCCACCCUCAUGCACUGCACAAAAACACGCUUACUACCAGAUCCAAUCGUCAUCAGCAGCAGCAGCAGCCGCAGCCGCAUCAGCAGCCGC